AGGUUUGAUUCUGAAGCAGCGCGAGGGAGUCAUGACUUUUACCUCCAUGGAAAACUACUGACUUUUUAUUUUAUUGUAAACUUCAGAAAGGUCGUCUGACCCUUCAGAGUCCUCUUCGCCACAAUGAGUUGGGGGGCGCUCUACGCCCAGCUGGGCGGCGUCAACAAACACUCCACCAGUCUUGGAAAGAUUUGGCUUUCUGUCCUCUUCAUCUUCCGCAUAACUAUUCUGGUCCUGGCUGCUGAGAGCGUCUGGGGGGACGAGCAGUCUGACUUCACGUGCAACACGCAGCAGCCGGGCUGCAAAAACGUCUGCUACGACCACUUCUUUCCCGUGUCACACAUCCGCCUGUGGUGCCUGCAGCUGAUCUUCGUGUCCACGCCGGCUCUGCUGGUGGCCAUGCAUGUGGCCUACAGGAAGCGUGGGGAUAAGAGGACCAUGCUGGCCUCCAAUGGCACAGAAAAGACGACUGACAGUGACCUGGCAUCGCUGAAGAGGAGGCGUCUGCCGAUCACAGGCCCACUGUGGUGGACCUACACCUCCAGCUUGUUCUUCAGGCUCAUCUUUGAGGGCGGCUUCAUGUACGCACUCUACUUCGUCUACGGUGGCUUCCAGAUGCCGCGGCUGGUGAAGUGUGAGCAGUGGCCCUGUCCCAACAAGGUAGACUGCUUCAUCUCCCGGCCGACAGAGAAGACCAUCUUCACCAUCUUCAUGGUGGCCUCGUCAGCCAUCUGCAUGAUCCUGAACGUGGCUGAGCUGGGCUACCUCAUCGGCAAGGCGCUCAUGAGGUGCUCAGCCAAGUCUAAUAAGAGGCGUUUAUCCCCCACGGAUGGUGUGAGGCGAGACAAUGCCCACGCGCAGAAUAAGAAGAAUGAGAUGCUGCUGUCCACAUGCACAGAUUCAUCCAGCAACAAGACCGUGUGUUGAAGAGCAGCCAUCAGAAUGGACUGGAGCGAAAGACGAGAAACCCACAAAGUGUACCCAGAAUGCAUCAUGAGGAAAUUUCACAGAAAUCAGUUUUGUUCGGAUUUGACCUCAUUUCUACACUCUGUAUUUAUACUGAUUUGCUCUUUAUUGCCACACAUGGCCUCAAAUUUUACGCGAGGGGUCACAUGUCCCUCGUUCCUUCCUGGCGUAAAAGUCACAGAUCAAACCAACAAGCGCAGAUUAUCUAUUACUGUCGUACACGCCCUUGUCCUCGUCUCCUUCUACCGUUCACACUGAGGUUUGCUUGCAUGUGCCGUGCUGUACCAAACCAGAGCGGAAUGAGUCCACACUGACAUCUGCUGGUGACAGCGGGGAUCCUACUGGUUAAGUUUUACAGAAGAAAAAUGAAGUAAAUGACAAAUGAAGCAGAAUUUGUGAAGAUUUUCAGUGUGUUGUUUAACAUACAUUUAAUUUUAAAUGUUAGGUACAUGUUUUACAGUUACUGAUUUUUUUAAAAGCUGAGUUUAUGCUGUUGAAUCAAAAUCAAGCACAAAAUCAAGUUGGACAUUUGUUAAAUUACUUUCUUUUAAUGAUUUAGUUUUUGCAUGUGUUAAUAACUACCGAGGGCUGUGUUGCACAGGGUAAAAUUACACUGAAGAAGAAUUGAUGUUACAUUGUUGAAUCUUAUCUAAAACUACAGUGUUUUGAUGAUAGAUGUGACGCUCUUUGCUGUUCGAUCAAGUCACAAAGUUUUCUGUCUUUUUUUACUUGAACUGAAAGUGUUUGAAAUUGAAUUGAAGUUUUUCUUCAGAGGAAAAAAAAACACUGAGAACAUGUUAGGUAUUUUAACACUUAGAUGUUGUUUGGUACGAACAUGAGAAUUGUAAAUGUUAAGGGUGCACAUGAUGUUGACAUGCUUCCGUCGGAAGUAAAUGUGAAAUGAUUGCAUAGAACUGAAAUUGCUGUUACCUGCUGAGUUUAAUUAAAACAGCAGGAUUAUCGUGUUAAGCAGCAAACUUCAACAACUGCUUCAUCAUUAACAUUAUAACUGUGUUUCUGUCAUAGUAAUCCUGCUUUUAAAACCCUGAUAUGAGGCUUUGCUGAUCAGCCGACACCUGCUACUGUGUAAUUAAGACUUUCGUUGUUGUCACAUUGUGUGUGUGUGUGUGUGUGUGUUUGUGUGUGUGACCUGACUGCCUGUAUCAGCUUUCAGGAUGUGCCUUUUUUUAGCCACAACACCAAUCACCGCUCGGCCUCUUGAUGUGCGGAUCCACAAAGUGACAAAAGACUUUGUCCUCCGUCACAAAUCAAAAAUAGGGGACGAGCUCGAUCCUCCUGAGACAUUCUGGACAUUUUUCUCUUCCACACUCUGAUAAUACUUUGCUUUUUAACAGCUUCCUAAGUGAGAAGGAGAUGAAAUGUUUGUGAUUGUGUUUUGUACCUAAGAUAUUUUUUAUUACACUUGCACUUUGAUCCUUGAAGUCAUUUUGCUCUUUGAGACUUUUUUUUUGGUCAUAAAUCAGUAAAAC